AUGGAGGUCAACAUCCAACCGCACACGCUCGUCGACACUGUGGUCGACCGAGCUUUACCCUCGAGCACAUCAUCAACGUCCAACGUCACAGUGACACCCAUCCCCGCGUCCCUGAUAGACACGACGUUCUCCUCCUCCACAAACAUAACCACGACCGUGCUCGGCGCGUCGAUCCUCUCCUUCUCGGACGAAUACUUUGCCUCGGCCUCGAACUUGCUCACGCCGACACCUCCGAUCCGCAAACCCGGCGUAUUCGUACACACCGGCGCGUGGUACGAUGGGUGGGAAACGCGACGGCAUAAUCCGAAAGAGUACGACUGGGUGGUGAUCAAGCUAGGCUGCGUGGCCAGGAUCGACGCCGUAGAAGUGGAUACGGCGUACUUCAACGGAAAUGAGGCACCGCUAGCAGGGCUGGACGGGUGCUCAUUGACCAAAGAGGAGGAGGAAGAAGGCAGUGGGGUCGAGAAGGAGGAUUUCAAGGGCUGGGGCGAGAUUCUGCCGCCCAGUAAAUGCGGCCCAUCACAGCGGCAGGCUUGGAAAGUGUCGGGUCCGGCUGUGCAGGGGAAGGAGUUCACGCAUCUACGGCUAAAGCAGUAUCCGGACGGCGGGAUCGCGCGGUUACGCGUCUAUGGCACCGUGGUUCCCCCGUCGUUACCCGCCAGCGUGACGUCUGGCAGAGAGGAGAGGCCGCAAGAAGACCUGGCAGCGGCGCUGAAUGGCGGGGUUGCCAUUGCGUGCUCGGACCAGCAUUUUGGGGGGAAGCAUUACUUGGUCUUGCCUGGACGGGGGAAGGAUAUGGGUGAUGGUUGGGAGACCGCGAGAAGCCGGGUCAAGGGCCACACCGACUGGGCUAUCAUCAAGCUAGGGUUGAAGGGACGGAAGAUUGACAAGGUGGUCGUCGAUACCAAGGACUUUCGAGGGAACUUCCCCCGUGCUGUCAAAGUCGAGGCGUGGGCGACCGAGGUUGCAAAGGCGGCUCUGGGCACAGAAGCUGACCCUGAUGCUGACGGCGAAGAGUGGACGGAGCUGGUCAAGGGCGAGCAGCCAUGUCAGGCGGACCACGAGCAUGAGUUCGAGGGCGAGCAGCUGGUCGUGUCCGAGCCGCCCGAAGGCCACGUUUGGACACAUGUGAAGAUGACCAUUAUUCCUGACGGAGGUGUCAAGAGGCUGCGGAUAUUUGGGCGAAGGGCAUAG